UCUUGUGCGAAAAAGAAAAAACAAAAGUCAUGGAAGUCAGCAAGGGAAGAGAAGGUGCAAUUUCCUGCGAAAAUGGAGUUUCCCGAUGGGGCCCGUGACGACCUCAGAAAAUUUGGUCGGGCAAGUCAAUGAGUAGUUGUUAUUGGCUUCUCGCUUCGAUCAUCGUCAAUGAAUUAGGGAAAGUGAGGAUGAUGAACUUAAGGAAUGGAGGCUUGGAUCCGCAAUCGGCAGCAGAGAAAGCGGUUGCUGCGAUUGGAUUGGGAUACGAUGUUUGCAGGGACGUUCGUUUAUCGGGAUGCAAGGCUAGAGUCGUCGACCUUCCCAAUGACCGGAUAAAGGAGCUCGUCUUCCCCGACGGAGUUAUUGUUCCCAACGUUUCUGCUUCCGUCAAGUGCCAUCGCGGUGAAAUCUUCAGAGAUUCCUUCCAAGUUCUUUCCUUCCAUCAGAUGUCUGAACAAUUCAACUUAGACCUAUCUUUAUCGGGGAAAGUUCCAUCUGGUUUAUUCAAUGCCAUGUUUGACGUGAGGAACAGUUGGAAGAAAGAUGCAGCUUCCUCUAAAAGUCUUGCAUUUGAUGGUUGGUUCAUAACUUUGUAUAGUGUUGAGUUAGACAGGGCCCACGUAGAGCUCUCUGAGCAUGUGAAAAACCAAGUGCCUGUUUCAUGGAACCCUGCUGCCCUUGCUGAGUUCAUUGAGAAAUAUGGUACCCAUAUUGUUGUUGGGGUGAAGAUGGGAAAUAAGGAUGCCGUUCUUGUGAAGCAGUUCAGAAGAUCACAUCUUCAACCCACUGAAGUGCAGAAAUUACUUAAGAAAGAAGCUGAUAAGAGGUUUUCUGAGGAUGAGAAUAGAUGUUCCAGUACUGAUCAAACUGAAACAUCAGUAACAUUCAAGGAUGAUAAAGAUGAGCCGUGGAAGCUCAAUGUAGCUCUUGCUGCAGCUGUUUGACAAAUUGUAAAAGGUCUCUCAACCAAUGAGGAUCUCAUAAGCAUUUCUGUUUGAAAGGGAGGUAUCGUUGGUAUUCACCAGCACCAUAAGGAGUGGCUUUCUACUAUAUUACUGUCACCUGAUGCCAUAUCAAUGCUGUUUGUCCCCAUUACUUCACUACUAGGUUCCAGCUCAGGCCAUGGAUUCCUUAGCCAUGCAAUGAAUUUGUAUCUCAGAUAUAAACCCCAUAUAGAAGAACUUUGUCAAUUUCUUGAAUUUCAGUUGCCUCGGCAAUGGUCUCCAUUGUAUGAUGAUUUGCCUCUUGAAUUUCAUCCUCGACAUAAAAAGAACAGAUCUUCAUCACUCCAAUUUAGUUUCUGUGGAUCCAAGCUUCAUGUUAACACCAUAAAGGUACUUGGAUUGAUGCUGGUAGAGAUAAAGCCAAACUAUUUGAACAGGUGAUUGAUUCUAUUGAUCGCAGGAUCUCUUCUUGGAAGGCUAAACUACUUUCUCAAGCUUCUCGACUGGCUCUCAUCAAGUCAGUUUUAUCUGCAUCUAAUAUUUUACAUUUUGUCAUGCCUUCAACUUCCUAAGUGAGUUUGUAAUCUCAUCGAUGCUAAAUUAGUAGAUUUCUUCUGGGGAUUCAAUGACUCAAAAAGGAAAAUUCAUUUAACAAAAAAAGAGGUUUUGUUCAGCCCUAUCAAAGCAGGUGGUUUGGGAUUGAGGAGCACCAGGCACAUGAAUAUUGCCUUGCCAAACAAAUUAAACGAGUAAUGUCAUCUGAGGCCAAUUCUCUUUUUGGUAAUACUUUGAAGUUGAAGUAUUUUGCUAAUCCCAUAGAUUGCUCUAUCAAACUGCCAGAUAAUGCUUCUUGGCAUUGGAAAGGGAUAUAUGAAUCUUCUGAGUUAAUUAAGAAACAUAUCAAAUGGCAGAUAGGAUCGGGUGCUUCAAUCUCAAUUCAUCAUGAAAAUUGGUGGCGUCCUUCCCAUCCUGAACUGGCUAAUGGCCUUUGGAUUUCUAAGGUUUCAGAUCUCAUCAUUUUUAAUCCUAAUCCAUGGUGCUCGGCAAGUUGGAAUGUAGACUUAGUUAAAAGCAUCUAUGGUGGGGAUAUUGCACAAGAGAUUCUACAAUCUCCUUUAUCUUUUUGUGGUUCACCAGACAAACUUGUUUGGGGAAAAGGUGCCUAAUCUGUCAAAGAAGGAUUCUCUCGUCUCUCUAACAGGGAUCUAGCUUUACACAAUCAGAACCAAGGCUUUUGGUCAUCUUUCUGGAAAUUACACUUGCCUCAAAAAAAUCUUCUAUUUAUCUGGAAAAUCAUUCAUGGAGCAAUUCCUACAGGAGAUAUCCUUAGAGCUCACCACCUCAAUACGUCAACUCUGUGUUUUUGGAUGCAACAUUUCAGAGACUCUGCCUCACAUUUUCUGUGACUGCCCUUUUUCAAGGGCAAUUUGGUUUGGAUCACUAUCUAUUUGUUUAUCUGAAAUCGCAGAACAGAGACUUGCAAACUGGAUCAUGCGGAUGUUUGAAGCAUGUUUGAAGCAUUAAUUAAAGCUAAGGAGAUAUCAUUACGGGAAGCAAUUUUUACUCUUAUUCACUUAAUUUGGAAUUAGAGGAAUCAAGUCCUGCAUGAGGGCUCACAGGUUACUCCAGCGCAAGUGAUAAAUGGAUUCAAGGACCAAUUCUAUUCUGCAAGCAGUUUGUCAUUGGAACAACCCUCAGGAAUUUUCAAGAUUGCAAACUACACAUAGUAAUUCAAGUGUUUUUCUAGGGAUGCGUAUUGUCAAUCAGAAUUUGCAAGGCUCUCUUGAAAGUUCAGAGUCAAAUAUGCACAAAUGGGAAGUACAAUUUCGGAAAUUUACACAGAACAGGAAGAAAUUCUAUGCUACAAGAAUCUUUUCAGAUGGAGUUCAUUUACAAACCAUCCUGUCUUCUAAAGCUCCCUAUACCAAGUCUUGCGUCUUUGAUAUUGUUUGUAUUAGGAGUUUGCUUUAUUGGAUUAUCAUCUUUUGGACUGGUCAAAAUAGAGGCCUUUCGGAUAUUGGCUUAUUCCAUCUUCACUGGUAUGGCAAGAGUUUUCAUCCAGGUUCGGGACUUGUUGGAAGCGAGCUGUUAUCUUAGGAGAUUGAAGUUCUGCUUAAUCACUUUUGCAUGCAAACAAUUGUGGGAAUUAGAUGCCCUUGGCCUCUAAAGGACUUCUUCUCUCUUCAUUUUCUGAAUGCUAUUGUUGCUAUCGUCUUAAUAUAUAUAUAUAUAUAUAUAUAAAGCUUAUGUUUCAAAAAGGAGGGGGAAAUCACUGUUAUAUAUACUCUGUCUUUGUGUUAACAUCCAUCAUGGCAAUUCCACAUCCUCCACCAAGCACUGUAAAUAGGUUCACGCUUGGAUUGUUUGUGGUCUCAUUACAUGCUUGAGUUUCCUUUAGUUAGAAGAUGCAACCACAAACAUUCUUAAAGCCAUGUUUGGUUUAAUGAAUGGAAGGUACUCAAGGAAAACAAGGUUGAUAUUUUAUAUAAUGUCCAUUAUAUCUGAAAACUGUGUUUUUGUGCCUAACUUUCUGCUUUCUAACUUCACAAUUUGUGGGUUGACUCUGGAAAUCGACCUGUAACGGGUAUUCGCUUAUUCUCGGAAGGCAGAAAGAGUGAUCGGCUGGCUAUCCAUCUCCAGCAUCUUUCAAAUCUUCCCCAAAUCCUUAAAAUCUCUUGUGAACUUGGUUGUGAAUAUGAUGAUGAGCCAAUUGAUAAAGCCUACCUAGAACCGGUGAAGUGGAAAACAUUUUCACAUGUCUACACAACACCAGUAUUGUGCAAUAGUUCCCUUGACGAUGAGCCCCCAGCCAUUGUAACGAAAGGUUGGCUUGAUGUCAAGCAUGUGAAAAGGGAAAAAGUUCUUUUCUUGAGGCUUGGGUUUUCCCUGGUGGAAUCUGCAAAAAUUCACAGAUCAGAAUGGGAUGGUUCUUCAUUCCCAUUUCAAAAGUCAGGGUUCUUUUCAGCAUUGAUGAGCACUUUGCUGACCAAGGAACUGCAUCAUGUUAUUGAGAAUGAAAAGCCUAUUGAAGAUAGCAUAAAACCAAUUAUUUAUAACGGUGAAUCUGGUACUGAGGCACCUGUUCCAGUCAAAGCCCCAAAAAUGCUCAGCUUUGCGGAUACGAAGGAAAAUGUUAGGGGUCCGGAAGACAUGCCUGGAUAUUGGGUUGUCACUGGAGCCAAACUCUGUAUCGAAGGAGGUAUUCAUCAAGGCCAAUCUCCAUCAAGGCCAGGUGUUCAUUGUUAGCUAUUAUAUCUGAAGAUUUCAAGCAUACAUGAGAAGGGUAACGUCUUGUACAUUUUGAUACAUGUAUUGUGUUGUGCCUUAGUGUAUCAUUUAUCAAGUUAUGACUUCACUUUUUCUAAUCAAUACCUGCAUGAAUAAAAUCUUGUAUUUUUCUCUUCUAUUGAGGGUGGUUUUUCUUUUCUAA